UGUAAACGCAUUCCCACAAUGCUUUGGAAAAUGUGCAAGUCUCAAAGUACGAUCGGCUGAGGCAAAAAACUCUUCGUUUUAUGCCAAAAGAAGACGAUUUGGAUAGUGGAAGGCAUCUCUGUGUGCAGACAUCAUGAGCAAUGACCAAGACGGCAACAUCGCCGAAAUCGACUUCUCUGUGAUCCGCACGGCCAUCGAGAUUGGUGGCAAGCCCAUUGAACAGGUUCUCAACGGCGUCCACUAUGGUAGCCCUGAGGUCCGCUGUUUGCUGCUGGACGAGUGCGAGCUGAUCAUCGAGUGCAAGGUCUGCCGGGCGCUGUUCCGAGCCCUUCCCCUGUUUGUGGCCCACAAGCGAGUCUACUGUACCAAGUCGUUCCAGGAGAGUCAGCCCCCUCUGUUUGAUACCAUAAUCACUGAUGAGACGGUGGUGGUGGAGCCUACUGCACCAGAGGAUGAUGAUGAUGAUGAUUCUUCUACGAGGACUCAAGCUGCAGAAGCAGCUACUCCUGAGGAUCAGUUGAAUCAGCUUGUGGAGCAGAUUCAAGCCGGAAAAGCUGGGACGUCUGAGGAGUACAAGUUUUAUUCCAAUGUAGCUGGAAUGGUUGAACGAAGGAAGGAGCUGGGAAAGACGAUGAAUCUGGAGCUGAAGACCAUUCCGACGAAUAGAAAUGCUGUGAUGGUUAAUUUCACCGAAGCUGUUCCACCAGAUGAAUCUGUGAAUGGAGACAAUGACGACGAGAUGGUGACAGAACCGGAGGUAAAAGGACCCAGCAAGCUAGAGACGGUGCUGACUCAAAAGAUUUUACCGAAGUGUAGAAAUGAAAGUGUGAUAAAAAGUAAAUGUGAUGAUACCGUGAAAAACAGUUCUACUGGUAAUAAGACUAAAAUUCCAGACUCUGAAGCCAUAGACGUUACUGCCUUAUCUGGAACAAAAAACAAGGAAAGCGUUGUUCUUGUCAGUGCAGGCAUGAAAUCGAAUGAUAAAGAUACAGAAUCUGCGGUGACAGGAAAGCCACCAGAAAGCGAGAUGCUGAAAUCUGUCGCCAAGCAACCAUCUGCUGCUAGCAGGGUCAGUGUCCGAGAGAAGAAGCCAUCUCUGAAAUCUCGAGUCUCGGAAUUAGCUGAGGCGGACGAGACUCUUGAUUUGUCGUCGCUAAAAUGUCUCAAGUGCCACAUGUCGUAUUCUUCGAAGAAGACCUUGCUCUACCACUACCAAAUGAGGCACUCGCAGCUGCGGACCUUCUUCCCCUGCCCGUACUGCUCCAACAUAUUCUUCUACUUCUGGGGCUUGACGAGACACAUGAUGAAGAUCCACAAGAAAUCCAAGAAUCAGAUCGACAAGAUGAGAGAGAAGCUGAGGAAAAGAUCCUUCACCAAGUGCAUCACCAAGUCUUGUAACAUCGCCAAGGAUCAGCUGCAGUUUAUUGCAGACGACGAGGAUGUUGAUGAUUCACUCAUAAUGAUGGAGAAGAGUCCUAGCGAGGCUGCACCAACAUCAAAGCCAGCAAACCAGCAAACGCCUUCUAACCCAAGCGCAAAGAGUACGAGUUCAUCUAAAGCUAAAGUAGGUGGUGCUGAGAAAAAUGUCAAAGCUAGUUAUGUGAAUGAAUACCAAACACCCAAGGUACACAGGGAACCAAGGAUUAGUUUAAAAGAAGGACUGAGAAAUUCAAAGGAAAAGCAGGAUGAUUCUAGAAAAGCCAUCAUUAAAAGAAUGAGCGAGUCACCACGCAGUAGAAAUCCUUCAUGGGCAGAGAUUGCCGACACAAAGAGUAGACGACUGAGAAAAUCUGACUCCCCUAAGUCAAUAAGUGAUGAAGAACCGUCACCUAAAAGUAAGGAAAGGGCUUUGGAUGAACUGCAGAAGAAGCUCACAGAGGCUGCUGCAGUUCCCGUGGCAACAAGAUCAGCAUCCAAUGAAAGGCUGCAGUCAGAAUCCAGAUCCUCUUCCACGGACUGGAAGAAUGAGACCGCUGCUGUUGUUCGAGGUUCUGAAACGAAGACUCCACCUGAGAAUCCUGAAGCCAGACGGAAACCUGCAGAAGCAGCAGCUGUGUCUUCUGCCCAAGUGACAGAAAGAAGACCAAUCGUUUCAGGAUCUCUGCAGGGACAAGAAAAGACUCGUUUGUCUUCAGAAUCUUCAUCGCCAGGGAUGGAUAAGAAGAGGGUGUCCUCUGAAUCAUCUCCCAGUGCUAAGAAGGAUGAUGUGAUCUUGGUUUCUGGACAUCCUGAGCCUGCCAAGUUGACUGUUGAUAGACCCGGAGCUAGAAGACGACAGAUUCAGAUUGGUACAACAGUAGUUCCAAGGAUGAUUAGCGAGAAACCAUUGUCCAGUGAAAACAAAGAUGUGAUAGAUAAGCAAAAAGAUCUCACUGGUGGUCAGUUGGUGUCAUCAAAAGCAAAAACCACUGACAUUAGUGUGUUGGAUGUGCAGGGAGGGAGUUCUGAAGGAAGAAGUGUGGUUCAGCAGAAGACUGUGGAGGAAAUAACACAAAGUACACAACCACUAUCAGAUAGAGAUAGUGAUGAGAUUCGCAGUAGGUCAACUCGAAGAAGAACGCUCACAACUAAAGCUCUAGCAUCGGCUAGUGAAUCUUACAGAAAGAAUGAAGUGAAUGAAAGAAAAAAUGAAAAGAACGAUAAGCAAAGUGAUAAAAAUGCCAAACAUGAAAACAAAGUAGUUGAUAAGAAGGAGAAACCAGAAAACAAAGUUCUUUCGGAAAACAAAGUGGCAGAAAAGAAUGAUAAACAAGACAAACAUGUUGAAAAGGAUGUUAAACAAAGUGAAAAAACUGGAAUCGAAGACUCAAAAAAGGUUUGUAAGAAUGAUAAAGAGAGCAAAAUUGAAAAGGAUGUUAAACAAAGUGAAAAAACUAGAAACGAAGACGCAAAAAAGGUUUGUAAGAAUGAUAAAGAGAGCAAAAUUGAAAAGGAUGUUAAACAAAGUGAAAAAACUAGAAACGAAGACGCAAAAAAGGUUUGUAAGAAUGAUAAAGAGAGCAAAAUUGAAAAGGAUGUUAAACAAAGUGAAAAAACUAGAAACGAAGACGCAAAAAAGGUUUGUAAGAAUGAUAAAGAGAGCAGAAUUGACAAGACUAACAAUGAAGAACAGAACAGUGGGUCUGUCAAGCCCAUCAAUGUAAAAAAAUCGGUAUCAAUGGACAAAACUCUGAACGAUUCAGACUCAUCAGACAUGAAAUCUAGCGUCUCUCCAGGUAAAGAUCGACAAGGCAGAUCGUCAGACAGAAGUCAUCUCCAUGACGACCAUCCAUCGGCAUCAGGAGGUGGAGAUGAAGCUGAGUUUAAAGCAUUCAGCAAGUGUGAUAAUGUCGACGAGUCUGAACUUUCUGAGAAAAUGUCAUCUUCCCGAUCGUCAUCAGUUGAAAGGAUUCAGCGGUCUAAGGACAGCAGCACCGAGAUGAAGAUCUGCCCAAAAGAUGCAAAACUCGUUGAUCUGAAAGAUGUUGGUGAGACCACCAUGAGGCUGUUUGCAUCACCUCCGGGAUCGAAACCGCUGAUCAAACACUCGCGGAUUAAGAAGAUGAACGAGUUCGUAGUUCGCUGUGUUCCUCAGACUGCAGCCUCUACAGCAGCAAAAUCUUUAGAUGCCAAAACUGAACCUCAUUCAAGAGAAGAGUCAUGUGGGAAGGAGUCUGAGGAACAGAAUAAUGUUCCUGAAAAGGCUGACAUCGCAGACUCUACUACAAAGGAUGACGGAGUGGCCAGUGAUUUAAAUUCUGGUCGUGAAGGAAGCACAGUGGAUUUAAGUUCUGAAUGUGACAAAAAUGAUAAUGCAGCCGACUCUCUUAAUGGUGAUGAUGACUGUUCUGUGAUAAGUUCUGAUGACAAUGCAAAGUGUUCCACCGAGACGUCUACACCAAGGGUUCGGACAUUCCGCUGCGGUUGUAGUCGUACAUUCAGUUGUAAAGUUGGUUUUGCCAACCACAGGAGAGCUUGUAAGGUAGAUGGUUCUGACGUGUUGGAGAUAUCGUCUGAAGUGGACGACAAAACCGAUGAUACGGAUGACAGCUGUUCUGUGGCUAGUCUCAAAGUGGAUGACACUUCAGAGAAGAAAAACCUCUUUGUCUGUCACUGUGGUAAAGAAUUCAAUGUCAAAGUUAGUCUGUCGAAUCAUCAAAGAGCUUGCAUCAAUCAGGAUGCAAAGAAUCUUCCAGAAACCGAAGCAAGAAGAGUGCAGAAGGUUUCUGCCAAAACCGACAGUAAUUCUGGAGAUGGCAAGGAUAAUGUAGCAAAGUCGAUUUUCUCCAUGCAGAACUCUUUUGAGUUGUUCAGCUGUGAUAAAUGCAAUCGCGUAUUUGGAAGAAAGGUUAGCUUCAUCAACCACCAAAAGAACUGCACAGAGAAGAAACCCGACAAGGGAGAUCAGUCUGCUAGACUUUCCAACAAGAACUGUAACGCCAGUGCUGUUAAGAAAGAUACACCACUCAAGACUUCAAGCACAAGGAGAAAAUUUGUCGCUAGAAAACUGUCAGCGUUUCGCAAUGAUGCAGUGGACAGCGAUGACGACCAUUCGACACAGAAAUGUUCAAGCAGCGACAGAAACAAUUCGGCCGAGAGACGGGUAAAGCCCAAUGAAUAUCCGGUGAGUUAUUUGCUUCCUCACCGAAAGAGAUCCAAUUCGGUGCGAUCGGAGAUAGAUGGAGAUUGCAACAGUCCUCCAGAGAAACAGGUGAGAAUCAUAGAGGAGAUCUGGGUGGACAAGCUUCCGGGGAAGCCUGUGGAGAGGGUGAAAUCGAACCGGAUCUACGUCAUGGAGGCCGAGGGAACCGGGAAGCUGCACUGUCAGGACACGAAGAAGCUGUGCGAUAUAGCCGACGAGGCGGCCAUGAAGUGUCUCGUCUGUCUCCAGGAGUUCACAAGCGUGUCGAACCUGCGCCGCCACGCCAUCCGCCAUCUUGGCUGGAAGCGCUACAAGUGCAAGAUGUGUCGGUUCAGCAGCUACAACAAGUCCGAGUGCAACACGCACAUCAUUCGCACACAUUCCGAGAAGCUACGCAGCGCUGCCGCGACCGAGUACAUGAUCGUCGAUCUCAACAAAGAGGCCUGCAGAGUGCGGACGCAGAAGAAGAAGCAGACGCUAAGUGAACGGAAGGCCACAGAGAUGGACAGAUCAUCGGAGGGAAGACAGCAAAGCCAUUCCAGACCAAGACGGCAGGAGAAAUUGGCUGUGAGAGUGCCGGAAGAUAGGAAGAAACCGGCCAUAAGAGAGGAAAACAUUCGCAACCCAAUCGCCCACAAUACUUUCAAUAUUUCUACACGGAAUUCACCUAGGAAGUUUGACACGAGGCCGUACAGGAAAGUGGAUCAGAUGUCGACGUUGUGUACAAGAAAGAGUUAUUACCUAAAGGCAAACCAGAGAGUCGAAGGGAAUCAGAACAAGAAGCGUUCAGGAAGUCUCAACAACUCUGCGACUGCUGAAACAACUAGUGUGGUGGAGAAGAUGGAUGAGUUGUCACCAAAGCAGAAGAAAGGGACUUCAGCAACUUGUCGUGAGAGUGUUGAUGGAAAACUGGAUAACAAGGAUGAGUCGUCACCAAAACAGAAGAAAGGGUCUUCAUCAGCUUGUCGUGAGAAUAUUGAUGGAAAAAUGGACAACAACGUUGAAAAAAUGUCCAAUGUGGCUGAAGAAAAGGGAGACUCUGCUGCUGGUGAAAAAGUGGACAAGAUGGAUGACCUGGAAACUACGAGCGACACUGAAUCCUUUAGCCGAUCGAAAGGAAGACUGAGCCGAAAGCACGGACUGUCCAGCGAACUCAAGGACAUGGGGUACGCAAGCGACAGCUGUCUGGCAAGUCAUCAGUCGCCAAGCAGGAGUCAUACGAAAACCAAAAGCGUCAGCUCGGAGUCUUCUGCCCAGAAACACCGAAAGUUGUCUGGCGGUUCCAGUUCCAGUGAGAAGAGCUCCACGCCUCAUGGAGCAGGGUCAAGACCUGUGACCAUGAUGAGCAUACAGGACAUGUUUGAGCUCAUCAAACCUAAACCCAGACCAGAGCGUAAAAGUGUGGGUGACCCUCCGGCUAAAAGUGGUGCUGUAAAGACGACGUGCAAUCGUAAUAAUGAUGCUGUCGUGAGAAGGGUCUCGCUAGAGGGAGCCGUCAUGACCCGCCAACAAGCUGAUUCUGUCUCACAGGCUGGCGAUAAAGAUAGAACAGGUAUUGUUGUCAAAGAGACUUCCUCAAAGGGAGAUAACCCAGCGUCGAGUGAUGCACCUGAAAAGACUGGUUCAAGCGAUGCUGCUGAAAAGACUGCUUCCACAGCGGUUAGGAAUCUAAAUAAAGAACUAGUGAAAGAUGCGUGAAGAUUGAUGCUUGUUGGUGACUUGAAUAAGAAACUUGCAAAACAUGCAUUCAUGUGUUAGUAUUGUCUUGACAAAUCGUUUUUCUUUUCCUUCUUCUGAUAUUUAAAAGCAUGCAAUGUGUUGUUAAAUUUCUGUGAAUCAAUUGUCUUGGUGCAAGGAACUUGGUAGAUCCGGAUAUGUGGUUGUGGGAUCACCUCGGAACUGGAACCCAUGGCAAUGGAAAUGGAAUCCAUGGCAACUUUCAGUUAAACUGUCAUGUGAUCGGACUAAACCAGUUUUAGAUUCUGUGCCUCGUGAAGUGUGUUUGGAAUGGGACUUGAUGCAUGCGUAUGUUGUUUGUUUGGUUAGUUUGUUGUUUUCUAUGUUAAAUGGUACAACAUACUGUACUGACUUUGAACUGUUUUUACGUGUUCAUAUACCAUGAUGGUUUCGAACACACCUAUCUCGGGCUUAGCCCCUGACAUCACCAGUGACUAAGUCCGGGCCGGGAUAAAUACUGUACUGAAACACAGUUGGAAUAAAUAGGGUUUUGUGAUUGGAGAAAAAGAUUUAAAGUAAUAUAUAAGAAUUUUCUGUCGGAACAGAAGGAGAAUGGAAAUGAACCUUUUAAAAAUUUAAACUAAUUUUUAAGCUCUGCUAGAUGACAUUCAUUAGUGGAGCUUUUCUAACACCAAUUUGUCUGGUGUCCGUCUGUCAAGUUUUCCUUUUGAAGUUUAUCUCUUAGAGUUUUGAUUGGAUUGUUAUGAAACUUGGUACAGUAAUCCUUUGAGACACACUACAUAAAUUAGAGAUAUUGUGGAAUUGUUUUAAAAUUAAAAAUUAAACUGAAAAUUUUAAAGUCUAUCCCCUCGUAGAGCUUCGAUUGGAUUGUUAUGAAACUUGAUACAAUAAUUCUCUGAGGCACUCUACAUAAGAUAGAUAUAUUUUGGCUCUUUUUACAAAAUUAAAAAAUUUUAAUUUAAAUUUAAAUUGAAAAUUUGAAAGUCUAUCGUCUUGAGUUUUGAUCAGCUACUUCUGAACAUUCUUUACGAUGAUCCUCUGGCAAUCUCCACAAAUUUAUCAAGAAAUUUGGAAUCUGUGAAUUUUCAUUAUGGUAGAUUUAAAAAAAUUAUAUUGAAUAUUUAAAAAAAAGUAUAAUCUUCUUUGAGUUUUGAUUGGAUAGUUCUGAAUCUUGGUAUAAUGGUUCUCGGGGGCAGUCUUCACAAACUAAUAGAGAGAUAUUUAUUUUAUUUUUAAUUUUUAAUUUUUUUUGUUAUAAAAGAAAAAUAGAGAGAUAUUUAGGACAUUUUAAAUUGUUAUUGUAUUUUUAAAAUUUAACUAAACAUUUUUAACAUUCAAAGUUUAAAAAUCUUAUAAUCUCCUAGAGGUUUAAAUACUGUACUGAAUUAAACAGGAAUUUGACAUUGAACAUUUAUUUUCUUGUAGAUUUUUGAUCGGAUAAAUGUACAGUGUUCUAUACUUGGAUACAAAUUUAAGUAAAACAUUUUAACUUUCAAAAUAUUCAGACUAUAAACAGAAACUUAACACUGAACAUUUGAAGGUCUUAUCUUCUCGUAGAGUUUUGAUCGGAUGGUUCUAUAGUGCUAUAUUUGGAUUAGUUAUACAGAAUGUAAGACGCACAAUAUUUAUGGAGGUGUGAUGUGGGUCAGUGGAUUGAUAAAAAAUUAAAAUAAAAACUUGUAUUCCAUCAUGAUUGUGAGAAAAAGAAAAUUAAUAAAACAUUUUCUUAUCAAA